UGUUUGGCGGGUGGAGUGUCAGAGUGUCAACAACGGGCAGCAGCAGCAGCAGCACCGCGGCGCUGUCCGGAGCAGGGAGGUGGGAGAGGCCGUUUCCACGAUCACUCAUCUGAAAUGGGGGAUGACAGACCUUUUGUAUGCUCCGCCCCAGGAUGUGGGCAGGGAUUCACCAAUGAAGACCACCUGUCAGUCCACAAACACAAGCAUGAAAUGACAUUAAAAUUUGGUCCUGCCAGAACGGACUCCGUUAUCAUUGCAGACCAGACCCCCACACCGACACGUUUUCUGAAAAACUGUGAGGAGGUCGGGUUGUUCAGUGAACUAGCCAAUUCCUUUGAACAGGAGUUUAGCAAAGCACAUGAUGAUGACCAGAGGGCAAAGCACCUGGUUCGAGUAAGGACAAUUACUGCACCUUUACAAACACCAUCUCAAGCAAAAGAUGAGGACGAGGGUCCUUUGGAAGUUGACUCUUCACCUCCUGGAAGUCCAGACUCCUCCUCCAGCAUGUCGGACGACAGCAGAGACUCAAGGGAGAUUCCCACCAAGCCCAUCUCUGCCCCUACUCCAACCAUUGUACGUCCAGGUUCUCUUCCACUUCACAUGAGUAAUGAACCACUACACCCUACAACUCUGCCAUCCCCAACAUCCGUCAUCACGCAAACUCCACCCUCCAACCGACAGCUCAGCUCCCCAACAAGUUCUUAUCCACUGGUGAGGCACCUCCCUAAUGGGCAGAAUGUCCCUCUCCUGCCCAGUCCUGUGCAGAUGACCUCAGUUAUAUCUCUUGCGAGGCCAGUGAACUCAGUGCCUAACAUCCCUGGGAUCCCAGGACCUCCAGUUGGUGGAGCGAGCAGUGGCUCGUCCUCGCCCUCUGGGUACAGUCUGCAUUCUGAGGCCAAUAUGCAACUGAAGACAGUUCUUACUCAUCAGGGCCAGGGAGCACAAGAUGGUUAUGGGUCAGGAUCCAACCCUGCUUUCCCACAGCGGCAUGAACAGAGCCAGCAGCCCAGCCAAAACUCUGAUGCACUGUCACCUGCUCAACCACAAGUGUCCCCUGCUCAGCCCACGGGCAGUCGGCGACGACGAGCCUCGGAGAUGGAUCCUGAUGAGAGGAGGCAGCGUUUUCUGGAGAGAAACCGGGCGGCGGCCUCCCGCUGCCGGCAGAAACGAAAGCUGUGGGUGAACUCUCUUGAGAGGAAGGCAGACGAUCUCGUCAGUAAUAAUGUCUCCCUGACGAAUGAAGUAUCCCUCCUGAGGAAUGAGGUGGCACAGCUGAAGCAGCUCCUUCUGGCCCACAAAGAUUGCCCUGUCACAGUUAUGCAGAAGAAGGCCGCUUUCUUAGCUGCAGGAGGAGAUGAAUCCUCCAGGGACACUUCUACUGAGCGCAUCGGCUCCCCGGCGGCAGUUAUCCAACACGGGCCGUCACCGCCUGCCUCUGCCUCCAGCCCAGGGGCCACCAUCAACGGGCUGAGUGUCCGCGCUGCAGAGGCGGUGGCUAUGUCAGUCUUGGCUGGCAUGGGAUCCGGCCAGCCGGGAGGGGUCGUCAUGGCGACGCAGUCCCAGGAAACUUCAAGAUGAUGUGCUGACACAGGUAGCCAGUAUGAACUCGAGUGGCAAUUGGAGGCCGAACUGGUGCAAAGUGUUUGAAAAGAGGGAUCUAGCCUCCUCUCUCACCCCAGACUAAGUUACUCCGCCCCCCCGCCCCUCACAGCCAAUGAUAAUCACACAAAGACACUGCACAGCGGCUCCAUCAGCCCUCCACCCCGGCAGGCUCCCUGUUCAGAGAGUCUCUCUGUGUACAUACAUAUGAAUAACACGUCAGAAACUCACAUUGCGGGUUUGGGGAUUUUCUCAUUCAGUUACGACAGUUGGAAAAUGUUUUAGAUCAGGAAGAAAAUUAUGAAUGAAGAAAUUCUGUAUGUGAAAAUCCUGUGUUUUUAUUUUUGUUUCACAUUAAAUAUGCAGCUUUAGUCUAAUUCUGUCCCACACGCUGGCUGUGAUGAGGUUGGUUGCUUUCCAGGCUGAUAGUUUUACUCUGUGAUAUCUUGUAUUUUUUUAAUGUAAGGAAAGACUUUUUCAUGCCUGUUACUGGGCGUUCCACGUAACGUGUGGCUGAUGCAGUGAAAGUACCCGGAGAGAUGGGCUGGCUGACCGCAGUAACCGCAGCCUGGGAACUGUUUCUAAUGCUCUUCUUUUGUUUACUUCUCACCCUGACUGUUAGUUUUCUGUCUGCAUUUCCCCUUUGAGUUCACUGUCCUUUUAAAUACACAAUGGUUUAGUCAGCCAAGUGCGUAACAAUCCAAAUUAUAGACGUGUUCACCAUUUCCCUGUAAAUGUCUGCCUGACUGUUGUAGCAUUCAUUUUUAAGCCAUUUGGAAUGGGUCCCAUUUCAUUUAUUGUGUAUGUAUCAAACUCUAUUGGUUGCAUGAAUUAUUCAUGGCUGAAGAAUACCACUGUUUGUUUGUGCCUCAUCGUACUAUCACUGGUUAUUGAGCUGCUUUUACUUCUGUUGUAUAGCAUCAAAUUUAUUGAUGCUUGGAUUGUCCUUGUGUAAGAAUUCCAUCCUCAAUCAUUGAAAUGGUUAGCUUUAGAAGGCCCUUAAAGGAUAAUCAAACCUAGUGCAUUUUAAAUCAUUUACCAUACCAUUUCAGUUUGAGGAAAGAGGUAGUGCAAUAUAUUUUUCUAUUAAAUAUCAAUGUUCUUGCAUUUAGCUGACGCAUGUAGCCCAGCCACCGAGAGGGGUUUGGUCUAUUUUAAUUGGAAGCUUAAGUUACUAGGUGAGCGGAAAAAAUGUGAAGAUGAGUAAUCUUGAAUGAAUGAGUUCGGUGACGAAUGCACAUCUGUAGGGAAAUACAGAUGUACUCGACCUGGUUGCUUUCCAACAUUUG